UCUAGAUCCAACAUGGCGCCGCCCUUACGCAUGUUUGUUACAUUUACAAAGUUACCGCUGUCAGUCAAAUAAACAAGAAAAUGCAUCGUCUUUUCUAAAUAAUAUGGGGGUACAAGAACAUCGGACACUUUAGCCCGUUGAAGACACCUCUAAACCGGACAAUGAGGAGUGUGAUAUGCGCUUGAUUCAGGGAUAAUCGAAAGAAACCAGAAUACAAAAGGCCAACAGGCUGUAAUCUAGGUGAAACAAUAAAUACAAAUAAAAGAAUAUGGCGUCUAGAAGCAGGAUAUUGGCUGCCAGAUUUCUCCGCGGACUCAAAGUUCACACUGCCCGCUGUCAGAGCUCAAAUCUGGGCAUAAGUUUGGUGCACAGGUCGGUCAAAGAUCCAGAGAGCGUCCAAAAGAUACCGCAAUUACGCUGGUAUGCAUCUCAAACUACAAAUACAGGAAUCAACAGCCUGUCAUUCAGGACACACACAUGUGGAGAGCUCAGAUCAACUCACAUCGGAGAGAAGGUUACACUGUGUGGCUGGGUCCAGUACAGGAGACAUGACCUCUUCAUCAUUCUGCGAGACUUUGGAGGACUGACUCAAAUCUUAAUUCCACAAGAAGAAGCAGUGCCUCAUGUAAAAGAUGCUUUGAUUAAUAUUCCACUGGAGUCUGUAAUCAAAGUUAGAGGAACUGUUCAACCGAGACCUAAAGGACAGGAAAACAAGGGCAUGCCCACAGGACAAAUUGAAGUUUUAGCAGAGAACAUAGAGAUCUUUAACAUCAGCAAGACGCUCCCAUUUGAAAUUAAGGACUUUGUAAAGAAAUCAGAGUCUUUGCGGAUGCAGUACCGCUAUUUGGACUUGAGGUCAACUCAGAUGCAAAAGAACCUCAGGCUGCGGUCUGAGCUGGUGAUGAAGAUGAGAGAAUAUCUGUGUAAUCUCCAUGGAUUUGUUGAUGUGGAAACACCAACUCUAUUCAAGAGGACUCCAGGGGGGGCCAAAGAGUUCAUUGUCCCAUCCAGAGAGCCAGGCAGGUUUUACUCUUUGCCUCAGAGCCCACAGCAGUUUAAACAGCUCCUGAUGGUGGCUGGAAUCGACAGGUAUUUUCAGAUCGCUCGUUGUUACAGAGAUGAAGGCUCUAAACCAGACAGACAACCAGAGUUCACUCAGGUGGAUAUAGAAAUGUCGUUUGUGGACCAGUCCAGUAUCAUAGCUCUGGUGGAGGGGCUCUUACAACACUCCUGGCCCAAAGAGAAAGGUGCCAUUGAAAACCCAUUUAAAAAGAUGACUUAUGAAGAAGCCAUGAGGGACUAUGGUGUGGACAAGCCAGACACAAGGUUCGGCAUGAAGCUCAUGGAUGUGAGUGAAAUCUUCUCUUCUACAAAUGUUGAGUUUCUACAAUCAGCUUUGAGUCAGUCAGGAGGAACAGUUCAAGCCAUCUGUGUUCCCAGUGGAGCAAAUCUUUUUACCAGAAAAGAUUUGGAGACUUUGAAACAAAAAGCCAUGACUCAGUUUAAUCAGGAGGUGUCCACUUUUCUUGUCAAAGCUGAUGGAUCUAUAAAGUCUCCACUAAAGAAGUUGUUGUCUGUUUCCGUAACUGAAGAUUUAAUGAAAAAGACCCAAGCCAAAGCUGGAGAUCUGCUGCUCAUCGUGGCAGGGUCCCUUCAGACAGUGCGCCCUCUGCUGGGCAGUCUACGUCUUCAGUGUGCAGAUCUGCUUGAAUCUCAUGAUGUUACACUACGGGACCCCUCAGUCUUUCAUUUUUUGUGGGUGGUGGACUUCCCUCUGUUUCUGCCUAAAGAGGAGCACCCGGACGAACUGGAGGCUGCGCACCACCCCUUCACUGCUCCUCACCCUGAAGAUACUGCCUUACUGUACACCGAACCACAUAAGGUUCGUGGCCAGCAUUACGACUUGGUGUUAAAUGGAAAUGAGAUUGGAGGAGGUUCUAUUAGAAUCCACAGAGCUACUGAGCAACACCAUAUCCUGAAGAAUAUACUCAGGGAGGACCCCAGCCUUUUGACCCAUUUGCUAGAGGCACUCAACUCAGGAGCGCCACCACAUGGAGGCAUUGCUUUAGGUCUGGACCGCCUAGUCUCCAUCUUGGUUGGAGCGUCCAGUAUUCGUGAUGUCAUCGCUUUCCCCAAAUCCUUCAGGGGUCAUGACCUCAUGAGCCAAGCACCGGAUUUUGUAUCAGAAGAAGAGCUGGACUCGUAUCACAUCUCUGUCAAAUGGCCAGCAGAGAAAGAGAAUGCCCUAGGAGCAGACAAAUAAACCUUUACACUUUACAU